AUGGUGCAUAUCAUCAAGGCCCUUGCGGUGGGUCUUUUCGCAGGAUUCGCAAAUGCCUUUGACUAUGACCAGCCCUACCGUGGUCAAUACCAUUUCUCGCCUCAAGAAAACUGGAUGAACGACCCUAGUGGUCUCUUGUACCAUAAUGGGAUCUAUCAUAUGUUCUUCCAGUACAAUCCCGGCGGCAUGGAGUGGGGAAAUAUGUCCUGGGGCCAUGCCACUAGCAAAGACCUCACGCACUGGGAGGAGCAGCCCGUGGCCUUCCUCGCCCGGGGAUACGGCAGUAACGUCACCGAGAUGUACUUCACCGGAAGUACGGUCGCUGAUGUGAACAAUACGAGUGGCUUUGGGAAGGACGGCAAGACCCCUCUAGUCGCUAUGUAUACUUCUAGUUACCCUGUGGCACAGACUCUGCCAAGUGGAAAGAUCAUUCAGGAGAACCAGCAGUCUCAGUCCCUUGCCUACAGUCUUGAUGAUGGCAUCACCUGGACUACAUACGAUUCCGCGAACCCAAUUAUCCAUAAUCCGCCCGCCGGUUAUGAAGAUCAGUACAAUGAAUUCCGUGAUCCCUUCGUGUUUUGGCAUGAGGAGUCUCAACAGUGGGUUGUCAUUACUGCUCUGGCAGCAGUACACAAGUUCGUGAUUUACACUUCCGACAACCUGAAAGACUGGAAGCUGGCUAGUGAAUUUGGUCCUUACAACGCGCAAGGCGGCGUCUGGGAGUGCCCUAGCCUUUUCAAGCUGCCCCUUGAUGGAGGGAAGUCCACGAAAUGGGUCAUUGCGGCCGGCCUCAACCCCGGCGGCCCCCCGGCACAGUCGGCUCUGGAAACCAACGCGGAUAGUGUGUACGACGGAAAUGCGACUGCCAACUGGAUGGACUGGGGCCCAGAUUUCUACGCCGCGACUGGCUAUAACGGCCUCGCUAUUGACGACCACAUCCAGAUCGGAUGGAUGAACAACUGGCAGUAUGGUGUGAAAAUUCCUACCGAAUCCUGGCGUAGCCAUAUGUCUAUUCCUCGGCACCUGGCUCUUAAGACAAUCGGGGGCAAGGUGGCUCUCGUUCAGCAGCCCCAAGAAGCCUGGUCUUCUAUCUUAAGCAAGCAACCGGCCUAUUCGCACAAUUACAAGUCUGUUCGGGAAGGAUCAACCGCUGUGGGGACCACUGGAGAGACGAUCAAGAUCGAUUUGAGCUUCUCUGCUACAUCAACGGCUUCGGAAUUUGCCAUCGCCAUUCGGGGCUCGACCGACUUUACCGAGCAGACUCUUAUUGGUUACGACUUCGUCAACAAGCAGGUCUUCGUUGAUCGCACUCAAUCUGGAGACGUGUCGUUUGACGAUACCUUCGCGAGCGUCUAUCGAGGACCUCUCGCUGCGGAUGGGGAUGACAGGGUGAACCUGAGCAUAUUUGUCGAUCGAUCAAGUGUGGAGGUUUUCGGCGGUCAGGGCGAGACCACUCUGACGGCUCAGAUUUUCCCCAGCGCCGAUGCGAUUAAUGCCAAGCUGGUGUCAACUGGGGGAGCUACUCAGGGCGUUAAACUCGAUAUCUUCAAUAUCGCCUCGACUUGGAACUGA